GCUUUACUUUCACUUUCCACGAUUACUAUUUAUUGCCUUCAGACAGGAUCCCCUCAAACAGAUCUUGCUUGGGACCUUUUCAAAGCUCCCAGCUUCUCCUCCGUCACUUAGACGUUUUCUUACUCCAGAUUCCUAGGAAGGAAAAAAAAAAAAAAAACGCAGCUGGUAUAAAUAUGACCAACAAAGCAUCCUGGAGAGGCGAAGUGGACCUGGUGCCAGGGGACUUGAUUGAGAUCUUCCGGACGGGAUACCAGCACUGGGCCGUCUAUGUGGGUUUGGGCGACGUUAUCCAUCUGGCUCCACCAAGUGAAUGUGCUGGAGCUGGAGCUGCCAGCAUGAAGUCUCUCUGGGCCAAUACAGCAAUGAUAAAGAGAGAACCAGUGUCCAAUGUGGUCGGAAGAGAUCGCUACUGUGUUAGCAACAAGCAUGACGCCAUCUAUAAUGUCCGAACCCCAGAUCAAAUUGUCACUAUGGCUAGGAAGCUGGAGGGCAAAACAGUGAAUUAUAAAAUCACCACCGAGAAUUGUGAGCAUUUUUCCAACAGCCUGCGCUAUGAUGUAGCUCGCAGUGAUCAAGUCAAAAAAGCAGUUUGGUAUGCCAUGGCAGCAGCUUUGGCUCUCCUGCUACUCUGAAGAUGUAGCAAGGAAAACGUCUGGAGCAACUAUGAUUUGGAUGAUUGAGAAUCUCCAUAGACAUUUGGCUUCAACUAACAGUCCUGAAGAAUUCACUUUCUCUGAUGUGCUUUUGCCUCCUCCCUCUCUCUUUGCCUCUCUCUCUCUCUGCCUUCUUUUCUUUUCCCUUGAGAUAGCAGUUGGUCAAAAGCCUAUUCUUGAUGCUCUCCUCUCCACACCCAGUUUCAGUCACAACUUCCAAAUAAACGUUUACCUUCCAAUGAA